GAAAGGCCUCAUUUCCAUACAAGUGUCUUAUCCAACCUCUAGACUACGCAACGGCUUCCAAUUCCACACGUUGCCGCUCUUUUUUCAUCUUCUCUCUUCUUUCUUCCUCCUCUCCUUCUCUGCAACUAUCAGGUUGGGUCGUUCUUCACUUCAGACAACGUCCAAAGGCCCAAUUCCACAGUACUUCCACAGUUGCAUCAGCACGCUCCCUAGCUUGUUCUGGGACUGUUUACUGAUGGUGAACUCGAGGGGUUGUCUAUGGUUGGUGGUUUGGCUCUGAAUUUCAAUUGGUCAAUCUCUUAUUUAAUUGGCAAAGAAAUGGAGACCCACUGGCAUAUUUGAGUGGUACUCAGGUUGCAGUAGAGAGACACACAUUGAAAUAUGGCAUUGGCAGCACAUCCAACUUGUUUCUCCCAUGAUGAAAGUACCAGUUCAUGUUGUGCAUCAUGGCUUAAAAGAGGUGAAAGGUUUCUGAGGAAGGGGCCUGUUCAUGUUCAUGGAGUAGUUAUGGUCAAAGUUUCCUCCAAAUGCAGAAGUUCCAGACAUUCCAAGCUAUUAAGAUCUUACAGAAAUUGUAUUCAGGUGGAGUCCAAAUAUCCAAAUUUUCUCUCACACAGAACACACAAGAUUUCUCCAAUGUGUGGCAGUAAUAACAUUAUACCUGAGGUAGAAGAGGUAUUUGAAUUUCCAGUUGCAACUGUAUUGAAUCUUUUAAAGAAAUGGAGCCAGUUGCAUUUCAUGAAAGUAGUCGGUGUACUAGCUUGCACAAUGUUGCUUAUUCCUUCAGCCAAUGCUGUUGAUGCUCUCAAAACAUGUACUUGCUUACUGAAGGAAUGCAGGUUGGAACUCGCCAAGUGCAUUGCAAACCCAUCUUGCGCAGCCAAUGUUGCUUGUCUCCAGACCUGCAACAACAGACCUGAUGAGACUGAAUGCCAGAUUAAAUGUGGAGACCUUUUUGAAAACAAUGUGGUAGAUGAAUUCAACGAGUGUGCUGUCUCACGAAAGAAAUGUGUGCCUAGAAAAUCUGAUAUAGGAGAAUUUCCUGUCCCAGACCCAGCUGUUCUUGUUAAGAACUUUAACAUUGCAGAUUUCAGUGGGAAGUGGUUCAUAACUAGUGGCCUAAAUCCUACAUUUGAUACUUUUGAUUGCCAAUUGCAUGAAUUCCACACAGAGUCCAACAAACUUGUGGGAAAUUUGUCAUGGCGAAUACGAACUCCAGACGGUGGGUUUUUCACCCGAUCAACAAUGCAGAGAUUUGUACAAGAUCCAAACCAGCCUGGAAUACUCUACAAUCACGAUAAUGAGUAUCUUCACUACCAGGAUGACUGGUAUGUUUUGUCAUCCAAGAUAGAGAACAAACCAGAUGACUACGUAUUUGUAUACUAUCAGGGAAGGAAUGAUGCAUGGGAUGGAUAUGGCGGUGCUGUUGUGUACACAAGAAGUGCAACUUUGCCUGAAAGUAUUGUACCAGAACUAGAAAAGGCGGCUAAAAGUGUAGGACGAGACUUCAACAAAUUCAUUAGAACAGACAAUACUUGUGGGCCUGAGCCUCCUCUUGUUGAGAGACUUGAAAAGACUGUGGAGGAAGGAGAGAAGACAAUUAUAAGGGAGGUUGAAGAAAUUGAAGGGGAGUUAGGGAAGACUGAAAAGACCUUUUUUGAAACAUUGAUGGAAGGAUUUAAAGAGCUCAGAAAAGAUGAGGAAUACUUCUUAAAGGAAUUGAGCAAAGAGGAGAUGGAUCUUUUGAGUGAACUAAAAAUGGAAGCAAGCGAGGUAGAAAAGCUCUUUGGACGAGCACUGCCACUGAGGAAGCUAAGAUAAAAUUGAAUUAAAGGAAAUGAACUUAUCCUUGAUUUCCUGAAACCACAGUUUAAUUCUUGUUUGACAUGCAUAUACGUUAUCCAUCCAUACUAUAACUUUCACGGAGAUGAAAUCUAAAGUUUAAUCUUUCUUGUUGAUUCCUUUCUUAUAUGAAGAUCAUUGUUCAGGAAGAGCAAAAGCUACAGUUUCCUCUUCAGAAA